GGGCGCGCUCGGGAACGCCGUGCAUCGGGUUCACGUUGAGUUGGACCACGCAAAAAACAACCAGCGGACUGACACGACGGGCUCAUUCGUACAACUGGAGAAUGAUUUGUCUCCCAGUUUAGCAAAGAAACCAUUACUCGUGUCUUUGUCCCUCGGAGGAUUUAUUUGACCGUGGUAAAGCCAUGGAUCCAUCUCUGACUGGCAACCCGGCCGCCCCGAAACCCAGCCCCUCACCCCCUUCCGCCCCGAGGCCAGGCCCUUCCUCCCCUGGCUCUUCUUCCACGACGACCACACCAACCGCAGACCUUCUGCGGCCUAAACUCACCCGGCCAACCGCAACCUCAUCUUCGGCCUCCCCUCAGUCUCCCCCGUGUCCUUCCCCUCGUCCAUCCUCUCUGUCCGCAGCGCCUGCCUCCCCUGCAGGGCAGCCCAUCAGGAGCCCCUCACAGGUGGGCCGGUCUCAGCUCAAUGCGGCCUCCACGCGGAUUCCUCCGACUGGAUUCCCAGUUGCUGGAGCUGCCGCCGUGGCGCAGCCCCCUCCUGCCACACCCGAAUCCGAAGAGCCGGAGGAGGAGGUCACUCUUGAGGAUUUGGAGGAGAGAGCAAAGUCAGGAGACGCUAGAGCCCAGAGCAAGAUGGGGCGUUACUUCCUGGCGCUGGCAGAAGACCGAGACGAAGAGCUGAACAACUGCACGGCGGUCACCUGGCUGGUCCAGGCCGCCAAACAAGGACGCAAGGACGCCGUCAAACAGUUGCAGCGCUGCUUAUCCUCCAGGAAAGGCAUCACUCUGGAGAACGUCGAGGAGGUGAAGAAGUUGUGCACGGAGACGCGCUUUGAGAGGGGAGUCCGGAAAGCGGCCCUGCUCAUGUACUGGAGGCUGAACCCGGAGAGGAAGAAGUCUGUGACUGUUUCUGAAAUGCUGGAGAACGUCGAGCACGUUCACGCCGAGCCAGGUAAACCCGUGCUGCCAGGUCCACUGAACAGCUCUGCCAAGAAACAGAGGAGAGUCCUGGAGAAUAUGGUCACCAGUGAAGCCAGAUGCCAAGUGGGUCUGGACGACUUUGUUGAGAUGACCAAGAAGUAUGCUCGGGGCGUCCCACCGUCGCCAGUCAUGGCUACAGCAGGAGGCGGCGAUGAUGAUGACGACGACGAUGACGACGAUGACGUGGUGGUGAAGAAUCCAGAUGAGUUGCCAUUACACCAAAAGUUGCUGAAGUUCCCUCUGUUCGCCCUGCUGGAGAUCAAGGAGCACCUCAUCGACUGGGCGUCGCGGGCCGGCAUGCAGUGGCUGAGCGCCCUGAUCCCCACGCACCACGUCAACGCCCUCCUUUUCUUCUUCAUCAUCUCCAACCUCACGAUUGAUUUCUUCAUCUUCCUCAUCCCUCUGCUGGUUUUCUACCUCUCGUUCUUCUCCUUAAUCAUCUGCACAUUGCGGGUAUUUCAGAAUUCCAAAGCAUGGGAAAGUUUCCGGGCCCUGACUGACCUGCUGACGCACUUUGAACCCGGUCUUGAUCUGGAGCAGGCCGAGACCAACUUUGGGUGGACACACUUGGAGCCUUAUCUGUACUUCCUGCUCUCUGUGGUCUUUGUGGUCUUCUCUUUCCCCGUGGCGGAUAAAUCCUGGAUCCCCUGCUCCGAGUUGGCCGCCGUCGCUCUCUUCUUCACCGUCACCGCCUUCCUCAGCCUUCAAGCCUCUGCUCAGCUGUUCGCUCGCAAGGCCCUCCUCGCGGAGGUCCUCUCCGGAGCGUGCUCCCUCACCCGCCUCCUGCCCGCCUCCUUCCCCUGGUUCCUCAGGCUCUUCGGGAUGACGUUCCUCGCCGUGCCUCUCGGGGACAACGUGCUGUUGAACCUCGGGUUGCCGUGCGUGCUGUACGCACACCUUUUCUAUCUGCUCUUCCGCAUGGCCCAGCUGAGAGGCUUCAAGGGCACCUACCUGUGCCUGGUGCCUUACCUGGUGUGCUUCACCUGGUGUGAGCUCAGCUUGGUGUUCCUCAGCAACGCCACCGCCAUCGGACUCAUCCGCACGUGCGUAGGCUACUGCCUCUUCAUGUUCGCCCUCCCCAUCCUCUCACUGGGCGUGGCCGCAAUGCUCAUCGUCCAGCUGCUGCAGUGGUUCCUCGCUCUGGAGGUGACCAAGAUGGUGGUCACCUUGGUCGUUUGCUUGGUGCCGAUAGUGCUGAGGCGCUGGACCCGCCUCAGGCUCAACCCCGUCCAGCUUUUCCGGUCGUUGUCCCGGAGCAGCAUUGUGAAGCUCAUCCUGGUGUGGCUCAGCGCCGUGGUGCUCUUCUGCUGGAUGUACGUCUACAGGUCCGAAGGCAUGAAGGUGUACAACUCCACGCUGACGUGGCCCGAGUACAGCGCGAUGUGCGGCCCGCGCGCCUGGAAAGAGGCCAACAUGGCCCAGACACAGAUCCUCUGCUCUCACCUGGAGGGCCACCGCGUCACGUGGACGGGCCGCUUCCGGUACGUCCGCGUGACCGACAUGGAGAACGGGCCGCAGUCGGUGAUCAACCUGCUGCCCGUGGCGAUGGGGGACUGGAUGCGCUGCCUGUACGGCGAGCCGUAUCCCUCGUGCGAGGAAAAAAGCGCCGGCGCGCUGCCCGAGCCGCUGCCGGCCCCGGCCCCGCCGCCCGAAGAUCCCCUCUGCAAGCUCAAGAAGCUGGCCAAGCACGAGUGUCACAUCAAGCGCUUCGACCACUACAAGUUCGAGGUGACGAUGGGCAUGCCGCUGGAGAGGAAGACCAGGAACGGGACGAUCGUGGAGGACGAGGACGCGACCAAGGACAUCGUGCUGCGGGCCAGCAAUGAGUUCAAGUCCAUGCUGCUGCACCUGAACACGGGGAGCCUGGUGGAGUUCAGCACCAUACUGGAGGGCCGCUUGGGCUCCAAAUGGCCCGUGUUCGAGCUGAAGGCCAUCCACUGCGUGUCGUGCGGGGACGCCCGCCUGCCCGGCCGCAGGCAGUACAAGAUCGAACACGACUGGAGGCGCACGGCCCAGAGCGCCCUGCAGUUUGGGUUUGACUUCUUCUUCAAGCCCCUCCUGACCGCUCGCCUCGAGGACCGCUCGGAGGCCGCGACUCAGGCGGAGGGGUAGACACCUGGCCAACGCACCUUUUGGGAUGAAUAAGAUGCAUGAUGAUGAUGAUGAUGAUACUAGUCAAGGAAUAUUAAUGAUUGUAUGUAACUCGCGUUAAAACUGUAAGAGCGGGAACGCACACGGAGAGUUUGUGGUAACAGGCCGCUUGAGAUCUGAACAUGAGAGUGUGUGUGUGUUUUUAGUCGAAUGGCUUUUGAGACAAAAUACGUAAAGAACUCAAUGUAAUCACUGCCGGCACGUCACAAACAAACUGAUGCGCCACUCCGCUCGGAGGUUGACGUCGGUUUGAUUCACAAGUUUUCACACCAGCACAAAUGAACCAUACGAGCAAACAGAGCUGAGUUUGUCUCUAAACCGGAGAAACAAAAAGUAAAAUGGUAUUUUUGUCAAUAAAUUAUUUACUUUGUAACACUAACGAUGCACUUUAAAAAAAAGUCUAGUCAUAAAGUCAUCUUGAAUUUGUUUGUUCAUCGUACAAACACGAGUGCUGAAGGAAUUUUGAUGUUGCUUAUCAAAUAUUUGUAGCCAAACGUAUCCGUAUUUACAUUUCACAGGUGGGAGCUGCCAUUUUUGUGUGUGUGGGCGACGGGAAGAAAAGCUUUUUACAACCAGCUGAUGGAAACUUUAAAGCGUUUCCUUUGCAGUUUGAAUCAUUUAACAGUAGACAGCAUGCUGUAUGUGCACAGUGUAGUUCUAGUGGGAGAUCAUUUUUAAGUGCUUUAUUAAAAAUGGGUGGAAAAUGAUUAAGAAGAAACUACGCUGAAUCAUGUCUUCAAUCGUUUCGGUUUAAAGCUGCCUUUGCUGUUCUCCCUUCUCCUUCUUUGUUCUCUGCUGUGCAGAGAUUUAAAAUGUUGGAACAUUUGCAGUAUGAGUGAUGAUGUGCUUUAGGUUAGGAUGUCACUACUGUUUUCUUUACCCAUAAACACCAUGAAAACUGAUUUUUGU